AUCGCCCCUUUAAGGGGCGGGCCUCUCGCCUCCGUGACCUCGCCCCGCCCCCUCUGGGACCACACUGCGCUUGCGUGGUGAGCCGGAGCCCUGGGGUUGGGCAGCACUUGGUUCCGUGCAACUUUCAAGUGAGUUGCAAACUCCGCCCUGCAGGCCGGUGCCGGUGGCUGGGUGCACCGGGACCGCGGCGACUCGCACGAGCGAGGCCGCGACCUGCCGCUCCAGCGCGGGACCAGCAGCGAGGGCGGAGCACGGGGUUCUCCGCGUCAGGAAGGGCGGGUCGGAGCCGUAACUGCCCCAGCCGCGGGGCGUACGCGCCAACGCCCGCUCCCAAGUCGGCUUCCUCCCCGCCGGGGCCACUUUGCCCCAGGUCUCACCGUUCUCCAGGUCCUCUGAACUGCAGAGUCGGAGGCCGUGGGCGGCGGGCUCGGCCUCAGCCGAGGGACAGCUGAACCGCCCCUCUGCUUCCCGCAACUGCCCCGAUACCCCCUUGUCCCAGCCCUUGCUUGAACGACCCUCUGGGCGGCUUCCUGGGGUUCUGCCCUCGUCCCCAAGGCCGGAAAGAUGGUGUCCUGGAUGAUCUGUCGCCUGGUGGUGCUGGUGUUUGGGAUGCUGUAUCCAGCUUAUGCUUCCUAUAAGGCUGUGAAGACCAAGAACAUUCGUGAAUACGUGCGGUGGAUGAUGUACUGGAUCGUUUUUGCACUCUUCAUGGCAGCAGAGAUCGUCACCGACAUUUUUAUCUCCUGGUUCCCUUUCUACUAUGAGAUCAAGAUGGCCUUUGUGCUGUGGCUGCUCUCGCCCUACACCAAGGGCGCCAGCCUGCUUUACCGCAAGUUUGUCCACCCGUCCCUGUCCCGCCACGAGAAGGAGAUCGACGCAUACCUCGUGCAGGCCAAGGAGCGCAGCUACGAGACCAUGCUUAGCUUCGGGAAGCGGGGCCUCAACAUGGCCGCCUCGGCUGCUGUGCAGGCUGCCACCAAGAGUCAGGGGGCGCUGGCUGGCAGGCUGCGGAGCUUCUCCAUGCAGGACCUUCGCUCCAUCCCCGAUGCACCUGCCCCUGCCUACCAGGAUGCCCUCUACCCAGAGGACCAGGUGCUCCACCGGAGGCCACCCAUUGGGUACCGGGACGGGGGCCUGCAGGACAGCAACACGGAGGAUGACUGUUGGUCAGAUACUGAGGCGGUCCCCCGGAUGCCAGCCCGGCCCCGAGAGAAGCCCCUGAGCCGCAGCCAGAGCCUGCGUGUGAUCAAGAGGAAGCCACUGGUGCGGGAGGGCACCUCGCGCUCCCUAAAGGUUCGGACGAGGAAAAAGACUGUGCCCUCAGACAUGGACAGCUAGGGUCUGCUGCAUCUGGCCCGUUCUUACCUCGUGCCCUGCAGGGCUCUGGGGAUAUUUGGAGAGACCUUUGGCUGCCCAUCUGGCCUGCCUGCACCGGCCGCUGCGCCCCGCCUUCCUUGCUCCUGCUGAUGGUUAAGGGCCGGGAGCAGAUGCUGCCAAGGCCGCAGGCAGGAUGCACCAUGAUGUACCAAAGCAGGCUAGGCCAGCACUCUAUUUAUUGCCUUGCUCUGCCUCCUCCUUCUCUGACUGUGGGACCAGAGCCCUCCCGGAACUCCUGCAAAUGAAACCAAAAGUCUACCUGGGUGUGUUCAUUCCUUCCUGUCCUUCUAAGUACUUGAUAGCCUUUCAUAAGGCCUGGUGUGUGUAUCUUGGUUGUGUGUGUGUGUGUGUUGGUGAGUGAGGUCAGGUUUGCGAACGUUUUGAUAAAUAAAUACAUAAAGGGG